CUGGAGCACGAUCCCCCUUCCAUCCACAUUUGUGUUUCAGGUGUAGACGGGAGAGAGGGAGCCGGAGCGGGCUUUGUCUGUUGGUCUUGGACAGAAGAGAGUGAGUUUGCAAGGACAAGACUGAUUUUCAUCUCAAAAUGAUUUAUUACCCAGAGCUAUCUGUCUGGGUCAAUCAAGACUCAUUUCCCAAUCAAGAAAUGGAAGGGAGGCUUCCCAAGGGAAGACUUCCUGUCCCCAAGGAAGUGAACCGCAAGAAGAAUGAGGACAGCAAGGCUGCCUUCCUGACUCCUCUUGGCAGCUGUGAAUACCGCUCCCUGAAAAUCAAUCACCUCCACUCUUUUUAAGUGUAUCACCUCCAUUUGUAUUGCAUUAUGGUGUAUGGGUAUUGAUGAGGUCAUGAUAUCAUAUAUGGGAUUUUUUCUGUGUAUAUCAUCAAGUAGAAGAAGGAACUCUGGGACUCUGAGCCUUGCUUUAGAGAAUUUACAGUGGACAUUCAAAUAGGUAGCAUCAAACCAGUUUUGACUCAUUCUGACUCAAGUGAAAAUGCUCAGAAUUUCACACUGUGAAUCCACGUUUACAACCUUACAGGUGGGCCUUCAGGCCUGGUUCUCUACAGCGACGACCCAACGGCGUCUCCACAACUCCAACCCCCUCAGCUCUCACUCAACCGGUCCACACCUGCCUUCAUGCACACAGCAACCGAUUGCUUCUGGCAGAGGCUGAGAGUCCCCAUUUUUUCGAUUUUGUUUUGUUUGUUUUUUAAUUUCAUUUAGAUGUAACAAGCCUAGUAGUUUCUGUUCAUCAAUUGUGUGUAUAUCUCUAUAUUUUACCCAUGUACUCUUUUGAUGUAUAGAAGUAGUUUGAAACUCAUUGUUUCCUCGUGGUAAGUGACUGAGAUGCUGCCACAGGACCUGAGACACUGAUGAAUGGUGCUAUUUUGGACUUUCAACAUGCUCCUUGGCGAGGUAGCUCUGAUGGAGUUAUUUUUUAUUUCCAUAUUCUAAGAAGGUGUUGGUACUCUGUUCCCCUGAAUGUUCUUCUCUAGACUGGAUUGACUUAUUUUCCUUGUGUCUUCAGUGUGGCUUUCUUCUUCAGCGUGGAAGGUUCAGGGAGUGACUCCAGACAGACCAAGAGACCCAUGUCUCCUGGGCGGGUACUCUCGAGCACACAGGCACGGUAGUGGGGCAAUUACAAAGCUGUAACUUACUGACAAAAUUUCUUCCUUUCUGUCACUCUGCCUGCCUUAGGAAAGCAAUAAUUUUACAGGUGUUAUUAGGUGUCUGUUUUGGUUCCUUUUUUUCUUUGUGAAAAUAUCUUUGGGGAAUAAAAGGCAAAUUCUAUUUUCAAUAAAUGCCCUCUGAACAAAUCCAAAAAUUUGAUAUCUCAGUAUGAAUAUAAACAUUAACCCAAGACUACAUUUGAAAGGUUUCUUUAUAAAAUUUAAACUAAAAAAAAAUAAAGGCAGAGCACUUCUUUUUAACAGUUUUAGUAAGCAAGGUAUAGGUUAUAUGUUUUGUCCUUGCUCCCAGUGAAAUAGAUAAAAAUAAAAUCAGCUAAUACCACCUACUCAUGGAAUGCUGUUGUGUUAGCCAGUCUGAAAGCCCACCUUAAUUUUUAUAUAACUGUCUUUAGCUCUUCCUUAGCAAGAUAGGUUUGUUCUGUACUGUUCCGCUUCUGACUGUUAGUCAGACAGUGCAUGCCCCAUCUUCCCCCUUCCUUCUCGCUCUCCCACGGGCUUGAGUCUCUUGUGCAUCUUCUCCUCCCUCCUUUGUUAGAAUAGGUAUAAGUUGUGUAUAUAAAGCAAGAAAACAGUAUUCUGCAUCUGUGGCAUUUACGUAGAAUUGCAGUUGUAUACUGAUUUUGUAACAAUGUGAUCUAUCUGAUGCACUCAUGAUAAGUACCCAAUGUAUUUUAGUAGUAUUUGUUCAAUAAAUAUGCAAGUUGAAAGGGAAA